UUCGAUCCUCUUCAACAAUUACAAUAAUCAUCAAGCUUCUUCUUAUGUUCAUCCAAAUCCACAGCCAUAAAAGUAGCCAUACUUGAGUUUAGGUAGCCAGCAUGCAGGCCGGGAAGAACGCGAUGCAGUCGACCAAGGAGGCCGCGGCGAACGUGGGCGCGUCGGCGCGCGCCGGGAUGGACAAGUCCCGCGCCGCCGUGCAGGGCCAGGUGGAGAAGGCGACGGCGCGCAACGCGGCCGACAAGGACGCGGCGGAGGUGAGGCGGCAGGAGCGCCUGCAGGCCGCCGAGGAGGAGAAGCAGCACGCCAUGGCCGCCAACGCAGCCGCCAAGGAGCGCGCCACGGGCGGCGCCGGCGCGUACCACCCGUCGCAGGGCGCCCCCGGGGUGGACCCGCGUGCGGCGCAGCCGACGGGAGGGCACGUCCAGGACGGCGUCGCCGAGAGCCGGCCGGUCGGGACGGCCACCGGCACGGCGAGGCCCAGCGCCGCCCACAACCCGCACGUCGGCAGCGACUUCUCGCAGGCCCACGGCACCGGCGGCCAGUACCAGUGAUCUCAUUCUCAUAUCAAUGUGACAAUUUAUGAUCUACUAGUAGCUGUUCAUCAGUUCAUGUAGAGUUCACUUCGCUACUAUGAGUUGAUGGGGAAUAAAAUUGUACGUGUUAGAAGUGGUAUCAUGUUGUGGGAGAUGCUUAAUUAUGAAAUAAAACAGAGUACUCUCUUCGUUUCACAAUGUAAAUAAUGUAAAUAUAAGUCCUUAUAGUAUUUUUUAUAUUCAUAUU